GACUUGCAAUUAAUGAUUAUGUGACCAAAAUAUGUUCACAUAGCGCUGCAUCGUGUGGAUAUGACAAGUAUCUUAACCUCUAAACUCUCCAACUUUAACGUGCGAUAACUCGCUUCGCAAGGCAGACCGCGGCUUUUUUCAGAUCCUUUCGUUUUAAGUGAAAACGUGUCGAUUGAGUGCUCAUUUAUUAAAAUCGGAGGUGAAGCGGCUUUACCUGAUGUAACCUAAUCUAACCUAAUUACGCGUGCGCUAAUGAGGUUAAUUCCGAGUCGACCAGUGAUGUUCUUCGUUGAUUUUCUCGAUUGUUUUCAAUGAAAAAAUAUCUUAUCAACGACGAAAUCCUGAGAAGAAAAAUAAAUACACGAUAGAGAGCAAUCGCUUCAUCCGGCUAUGUUUCAACGUGUGUUUACGUCGAGUUUUCGCGGUAUAUCGCAAUAUUUUGUAAACUAUAGAUAAGCAAUGAGUCUCGAAAAGACUACAAUGACAAAGAUGCAUAAAACCAAACUGUUGCAGUUGCUAUCUCGGCUAUGGAACGGACCUAAUGGCGUACUUGCAGGUAAACAGGCUGAGCAAAAAAUGAUAUCCAUUCUUACAAACAAGUUUCCCAAUGCCCAACUGAUUGAGGUCACUGAUGUAUCAGGAGGAUGUGGUGCUAUGUUUGAUAUAAACGUUGUUGCUCCAGAAUUCAAAGGACUAAAUACCGUAAAGCAGCAUCGAAUCAUUAACGAGGUUCUUAAAGAAGAAAUCAAAGAUAUGCAUGGCCUUCGAAUACGUACAAGUAUUCCAUAAAUUUUUGUAUAGACAAUUGUGUUACAUUAGUUUCAUGAAAGUGAAAAUGAGUAAUAUUUAAUAUAAAUUUUUAAAUUAAACUUAUAUAAAUCUAAAGAUCUAUCAGUGUGUACAUUUUUAUUG